CUCCCGUCAUCGCUUCCACUACUGUAUGCUUCUGCAUAGUUAAUGGCAAGCAUUAUAGUCCAGGGGAUUUGAUAUUAGACAUGGCACACAUUGGAUCUGGUGUAUGUCUCACAAUGAUAUGUUCUGAUAUUUGCGAGAUUCACAACACGACUGUCAAUUGCGGUACCACGACCAUGCCUACACCCACACCCACACCCACAACUCCUUCACCAAACUGCCCUGAAUGGGAUGUAGCACAAAAUGAGACCUUCCUUUUGUGCAACUGCACCAUGGCCAGAUGCAUUGAGAAUAAUACAAUUGAAAUAAUUCCUUAUGAAUGCCCACCCCUUGAGAACAUCACUUGUACCAAUGGAAAGAAACCAGUUCUUGUGUCUGAUGAGUACGGCUGCUGCCAUCAUUACGCUUGUGACUGCGUUUGUGAAGGCUGGGGAGAUCCUCAUUACAUAACAUUUGAUGGAUUCUACUACAGUUAUCAAGGAAACUGUACUUACGUCUUGAUGGAAGAGAUUUUACCGAAACAUAAUUUGAACAUUUAUAUUGACAAUGUCUUCUGUGAUCCCACUGAAGAUGUUUCUUGUCCACGAUCAAUAAUUAUAUCGUACAAAUCAGAAGUUGUCACACUCAUAAAUCAUAACCUUCUUGGAGCAGCGCAGUUGGAGGCACUCAAAAAUGGAGUACGUCUGAAACUACCUUAUUCACAGCUAGGUGUUAAAAUCUUGGAUUCUGGCAUUAACUUGGUUUUGGAGAUCCCUCACCUAAAGGUGGUCGUUACAUUUGGAAUAACUGGCUUUAGUGUCACCCUUCCAUAUCAAUAUUUUGGCAGUAACACACAGGGCCAUUGUGGAACAUGCAAUAACAACCAGGCUGAUGACUGCAGGCUGCCUGGAGGCAAGCUAGUAGAAAAUUGUGCAGUGAUGGCUGACUAUUGGCCUGCAAAACACAUUCACCAACCCAACUGCCAGAUACCAUCUGUACUGCCGACCAAUAUACCUGGACCUCCACCAACCUUUACUCCAUGCAUUGCAGACUCCAUAUGUCACAUGCUUAAAAGCAGUCUCUUUGCAGCGUGCCAUCCUUUUGUCUCUCCUGACAAUUUCUACCUAGGUUGUGUUUUUGAUAGCUGCCAUGUUUCCAACCCAACAGUGGAGUGCACAAGCUUGCAGACUUAUGCUGCUGCUUGUGCUCAGGCUGGGGUUUGUCUGCACUGGAGGAACCACACCACGCUGUGUGCAAAUGACUGCCCAUCAGACAAAGUUUACAAGCCAUGUGGUCCUGCAGAACAACCAACCUGUGAAGACAGUCCUAAUGAAGAGACCAUGAACUACACUGUUGAGGGCUGCUUUUGUCCAGAUGGAAUGAAACUCUUCAACAAAGAGUCUGGCAUAUGUGUUGAUAAGUGUGGAUGUCUUGAUCCUGAGGGCAUUCCCCGCGAGUUUAAUGAGAGGUUUGAGUACAAAUGCCAAAACUGCAUCUGUGAGGAGUCCACCAAGACUGUGACUUGCAAACCAAAGGCAUGCCCAACACCACCUAUAGCAAACUGCACUGGCCCUGGGUUUGUCCUCGUCGACCAAACUAAUCCCUCAGACUCCUGCUGUUCUGCCUUUGUUUGCCAAUGUCAAAGUAACACUUGCCCAGUCUACAACAUGAACUGUCCGGUAGGAUAUAUGCCAGUUGUCAGUGUUCCUAAGGGAAAAUGCUGUCCAGAACGUACAUGUGAGCCUAAAAGAGUUUGUGUCCACAAAAACAAUGAAUACCAGCCUGGCUCUUCAGUUCCUGGGCCUCAAUGUCAGGAUUGUUCAUGUACCAAUGAGGUGGACCCUGAUUCUGGUCUAUUCAGGAUACGUUGUGAGUUUCAGACAUGUGAAGAAAACUGUGCCAUGGGAUAUGAAUAUGUGGAAACUGAUUCAGAUGAAUGCUGUGGGAAGUGUGUACAGACACACUGUGUUGUCAGUGUCAAUAAUACCAAGAACCUCUUGAAGCCAGGAGAUAUUUGGUCACCAGCGGAGAAUAAGUGUCAGUAUUACACUUGCAUUAGGGUCGGUGACACUUUAACAACGUUCAAUUCACACAUUGUUUGCCCGCCAUUCCAGCAGAGCAACUGCCAACCAGGCACAGUUCAGACUGCAGCAAAUGGCUGUUGUAAAAUUUGUGUGGAGAGGGAGAGGGCCUGCAAGUUAGUAUCCAUGAAAACGCAUGUUGGGCAAAACGGCUGUCAGUCUUACCAGGAGGUAGAUAUGCCAUAUUGUGAAGGAUCAUGCAACACUUUUACCAAGUACUCUGAAGUAGCAGCUGCUAUGCAGCAUUCUUGCUCCUGCUGUAGGGAGACACGCUCCAGUAAUCGCACUGUUGACUUGCACUGCUUGAAUGGAGAUGUGGUCCCCUAUUCAUACAUCCAUGUGGAGGAGUGUGGGUGUGGCGACUCAGACUGCACCAGAUCUGUUGCACAACUUGUUCGCAGGAGGCGAAGCUCCACAUUGGUGUAA